AUGCUGUACCUUUUCUAUCGAGCCAAGACAGGCUGUACUGUAGUCAAACAUGAAGCAGGAACUGGGGCUUUGCAAUUGGACUGGGCUGUCGAUGCUGGCUCUACCUGCCUUGUGGUGGCCAGCAAUGCAAUCCGCGAUCACCUUCGGUCAAAGGGCUGCCAAGCAACGAUGCUCACAGUUCCAGAGGUCAAAGGUCUCGAAUUUGACUUGGUCAUCCUGAUCCAUGUGCUGGGCGGUUCCUCCCACCCGUGGGCCAUCGGCGAGCUUGCAGACGAGAACUCCGAAGGAUCUCAAAUGGCACUUUUUGCCGCCACGUCUGACCCAGGUGAUGUGUUUCUGAAACACAGCGAUGUGUUCUAUCAGAUGGUGCCGGCCAUUCAUGAGCUCAAGAUCUUAUACACAGCCAUUACUCGAGCCAGGUUUGGUUGUGUACUCCUGGAAACGACGGCAAAGGCACCCUGGAGUCCGUUGCUCAGACACUGGACGCAGGAAGGCGCUGUCGAGUAUGUCGACAGUUUGACUGCCUAUGUUCACAGAGUAGAGACUGGGACGACCAGGGCCUCUCCAACUUUGCCGACACUUGAGGACUUGAAUGUCUGCCCAGCUUGCCAGGCUGCUUCAGAUUCCGACAGCGGAGCGGGUCCGAUCUCUUUACCAGAGAUGGUGUUUUGGCUGGAGGCCGAAAUGGAGGCGCGAGAAGGAAGGCAGCAUCGACGAGCUCGAGUGAUGCUGCGGGGUGAGCUGCAGAGGCUUGAAGAGAAUCGACCCUUGGAUGCUGGCUUUUGUCAAGCCUUCUGCCAGUCUCAUGGCAUGAUGAUUGAACCUGUUUUUGAGUGGAGGAAAGCGGACCAGGUGUCAGAGGUGCCGAAAAGGCCAAAGGUGGUUCAAACAGCCAGCAGCUGCAGCACGGAGAGUACCAGCGGCGAUGUCCCUUCACUGGUGGUAUUCAUGAGGCAGCACUUUCAGGAGAGGCCAGUCGAAGACUUGCGGAUCUCCUUGUCGGAGGUGCAGGGGCAUGCGAAGCAGCUUUUGAUGCACGCGUUGGAUGCCCGCCACGAGCGUUUGGAGAUCUUCGAAGAGGCAACCCAGGCGGCGCGGCGCGGUCUCACCUUGGCAGACAUGGUGCUGCGGGUGCAGCUGCAGAACGGAGGGCGAGAGCAUGCUCCUCGGCAGCUUUGGAGUCCUCCGCAAAUGAGAAGCACAAGUGCUUGGAAAGAUGUUUUGGCUGUUUUGUUGCAGGCAGCCUCGGGCCCCAAACGCAGGUCUCCUCUGGCCAAAUUGAGGAAAAUCGUGCUGUGGGAGCAGAUCUUUUCUUUUCUGGUGUCCCAUGCAGGGUGCUUGUAUGACCAGGUCUGCUUAAUUGCAGAGCGGGUGGCUGAGCAUGCAGCCGUUCGCCACGCCCUGCUCCAAAUUCUGGUAGCAUCCAAAGCAGGGUACAAGUGGGUCUCUGCGCCGCGACACAUCAACCUCAGCAUAUGCAAAGAGCACCUGGAGGAGCGAGGGAGGCUGCUCUCACUGCAUGCUGUGCGCCCUUCUUGGAAAGUAUGGCAGCAGAAUUGGCACAGACGUGCGGCGUUGGUGACCUACGUUGCAUGGAUGUCCUUAGCCAAAUAUGGCCGGUGUGAAUGUGGUCGCAAAGACGAGACGUUCGAACGCUGCAGGUGCAUGCAAGGGGAUGGCUGGAGGCACUGGAGGCACAGGACUCAUGGCAGAUGGAAGCAUUUGGUGCUUGGCUGUCAUGCGCUUGAGGCGUUUCAGAAGCUUGAAGCUUUGGAGGCACAACACUUGCAACAUCCCCGACUUGAGCACCUUUGCCGCGAGCUGAAGGUGGACCUGUGGCGAGUGCGCGAGGCCGAUUUUCGGUGGCUCUGGCGGAAGGCAGACGAGGAGCUGGAGGCCGCGGAGCAGCUGCUGAAGCUGCAGCUUCCGAAGAUUCAGAAGCAUUUAUCCUACUGCUUUGAGGCUGGCCGCAUGUUCCUCUUCGCGGGAGACGUGGAGCAUGCCUCGGAGGCCACCACAGAGGCCGGCACAUUUGUGAAAGAGCUCUUGGAGACGAGGAAUGUUGACUGGCAUGGCCCGGUGAAGAAGGAUGUUGCCUCCAUCGAGAACCACUUUCAGUCGCCCAGGUGGGCCGCUUGGUGUUGGACCUUUUUGGCCAUGGGCGACCAGCAGCGCAUCGCAGCUCCAGAAGCCUGGCGCCAAGCAGCGGCGGCUUUCCGUGACCUGUCGGACAUGCAUCGGGCGGCGGUGUGCUCCAUGCAGGGUCACAAGUGGCAGGAGGCUUUGACUUGCCUGACUUCACAUAGCAGAUUCCAGCUCGAUACCAUGGGAGGCAUCAUCGCGGCAUCCUGUGCCAGUGCCAUGUUGCCCAAAGCUGGCUAAGCAUGAGAGAGCAACGCCCAA